AUGGGCUUCUGUCGGAGAUGCGGAAAUAUUGUUGUAGGAGAACGGUGUAAAUGUGGUGGCACAGCAGUUGCCCCCGUAGUACAGUGGGCAGCUUCCAAUGAGCCCGCUACAGACAAAUGGUCUCAGACUUACGUUUCUCGUGAGAGGUCUCCGACUCGACCUCCCAGCCGUGCACAACCAUCCAACUGCACCUUCCCGACCGCCAGUGGAAGUGUCAACCCAAAUGCCCCGCCUUCUCCCGUGAAACGUCUACCUCGAAAGAACUCGAUAUUUGACAUAUCUUCUCAUGUUGGAAACCGCAGCUCUGUACAUAUUGGGUCAAGUACAUCACGACCUGCCUCACCGCUUAAGCAUUCUAUGUCGUUAAGCGAUAUCCAUCACGAAGCCCCCCCAUCUCCGACAACAAUCUCUGCCGCUGCAGGAGUCCUUCCUUCCCCAUACGCACCCGAACUCUCCAAAGCUUAUGGGUCAGUCCUUCAGCCCAAAGAAUCUCUUGCGUCCUACUGCUGCGCUAUCUGCUCCACUGAAUUCCCUCCAGAUGCAACCAUAUACCCAGACCCUUCUGCCCCUGCAAUAGACACAGACCGAUUCCUAUGUCGACAGUGCUUCGUCAAGAACGGUGGAUCCAAAGGCGAUUGCCUUUCGUGUGAUCGCCCUGUGCUCACCGUGAAGAGCGAGGGUGGUUUUGUGGAAACGUCUGGACGUGUUUGGCACAAAAGAUGCUUUCGCUGUGACGGAUGUCACAAAAACAUUGGCGACACUCCCAUGGUCGAUCUACUAGGUCGACCAUCCUGCGCAGACUGCUUCGAAAGUUGCUUGAAGAGGGAUAACACGCCUCGCAAGCCUCACAAAUCUCCCGGAAUAGAGAGAAUAGAGCGAAACCACAUGGGCUUCCGCGGAGACUCGACGAGCAGACAAGGAAGUCCUGCAAUCGAUGAACUAGAACAGCGUCUUGGAAUUAUGAAGAGCAGGGAAGGCAGUCCUGUGAUGGAAGAGCUAACGGCGCGCUUAAACGCGGUGCUCAAUCGCACACCUUCUAAAGAUGCCUCUCCGACACCAAGUGUCUUAACGUCGCGUCAUACUAGUGCAACAUGUUGGGGAGAAAGUCCCAGCCCCAGUCGCGUUUCGGAGAGGAAACUGCCCCAAUUAUUCUCUCCGCUGGGAUCACUUGCCUCUCCUCUCGACAGCGCCGAUGCCAGCAACAGCUCUCCGCAAACUGAAUUUUGGAAAAGCAGGAGUCCCGAUGCUGGUGAACGUAGGACGACACCUAGCAGAACCAUUCGCGAACGGUUUGGGACUCCAGAGACAGGCUCCAGUCCCUCUUCAGGACGACCGUCUGCUGAAGCAAUUGAAGAAAUGAAGAAGCGAUUCUUAUCACAAUCACCUUCGUCACCUGGUAUACGAACCAAUCCGAGCGUAGCAUUUUCGUCAUCUUCACCUUCAUUCCACAACAAUUCUCCUGUCGCCAAAUCCCUGGACGGAUCGCGAAUUCCGCUCUCGAAACGUUCUCGCGGUUCUCCAGGGCUUCGCACCGUAGCUAGCACUUCAAGCCUGUCGUCUCCGCGCCUUUCCUGGGCUCCAUCUACACCGGAAUUGAUGUCCGAUAUGUCAGAUGUUACGACAGAGUCUUCGUCUCCGUCUUCUCCCCCGCCGUUUAGUCCACCAGCACGCCAUGUCAGUAUCUUCGGCAAUGGUAGCACUCUUUACUCGCUCGACGAACCCAACGAUUCUGUUGACUCAGAACAUGACACUAGGGAAGUUUCCUCGACGCCGACACCAAAGUCGACCAAACAUGUACUCGAUCACCUUUCUAAUGCUGCUACCGUCCAGUCACCUGACUCACUGUGCGCGAAGUGUGGGGGGUCCCUUUCUACAAGCAGAGCAGCAGGCCGGUUUGUCACCGUCCCUGAUGCUAAUGCCAUAGGACCACCGAAGACGUAUCACCCCGAGUGUUUCAGAUGUGUGAUGUGUGAUGGCCCCUUCAAGGUGUCUGGGAUCGGUCAAGCAGUCUUUGCCAGAGGGGAAGGCGGUGCUUGUCAUGUGGAAGUCAAUUUCAGCACAUCGACAUUCCCCUUGUUGUCCUCGCCCCCUUCGCCGUCGGGAUCACGCGGGAGCAUAGAACGGCCAACGGCAUCAAGUACCGCGAAGGCCAUUACUCGAGCCUCAACAGCAGCCAACACUAAUCCCUACUCAUCGUCUCGUCUGGAAAGAUCGUCGCCAUCUGCACCUGUGGUAUCUACAACGUUCCCUCGUUUCGGAAGCUCAACGACGUGCCCAGCAUGUUCCAAAUCCGUCUCUCUGAUGGAGAUGGGUGUAGUGCCUGGUCCCCAAGGUUCCAGAUGGCAUUCGUCCUGCCUUGUGUGUGGCGGUAAGGGAGUGAAUAAAGGGCGACGUGACAAGUCACAACCUGGUUGCGGCAAGAAGCUGGACUCUGCUGCGAAACGAGAUAUUGAAGGGGGGGUCUGGUGCAGGGAAUGCCUCCUUCUGUUACCCCCCAAUCUGAGAAACGCUCAAGCAGACUCGCCCACAAAACCACUUGUGCCAUCACUGACGGGCCGUAGCAUUGGUGGUGGCUCCUCCGCUUCUAGAGUUAUUCAACCUCAGUUCACGGGUACUACCACAAUCGCACGUCAAUUUACUGGGCUACGUGGUGGUGAUGCAGCGCUCGCGAGACAACUGACUGGCGGUGGCCUGAGUCCGACGAAACAGUUAGGCAUCGCUACGCCUCGCCCCAGACCAAAGAGCGUGAUUGGCAUGAGGAGUGGAAAGAGCGUAGAUGAGGGUCGGGGGAUGUUCUUGGUUCGGCAGAUGACUAGUGGAGGAAGUUCAUUUGGUGUGUAGACUGUUUGGAGUCUUGGACUCGAGGGACGAUUUUCUUCUGGAAUCUAAUUAUAAUAACAAUAGUCUCACAUGGACUGAUGAGAGGCACAGACUGAGGAAUAGGCAGCGAUAAAUCCUCAGGCGAG